AACAUUAUAACUAAAAAGACUGAUAACCCUUGUGGACAAUUUCUUUGGACAAAAAAAGCAGCAAAACCUGAAGCAUUAAUCAUGGUCGAAACCGAUAGCCUAAGUUUUAUCUUGUCUUGCUGUUCCAUACCAUUUUACAUCAUUGGACUCAUCGGAAAUGUGUUGGUCAUUCGAAUCGUACCCAAAACAAGGGAGAUGCACACCCCUACAAAUUAUCCUUUAGCUAGAAUGGCCGUUAGUGAUGUCUUCACGAUAAUGAUGUUUGCAGCUCACAGGUUUAAUUUGCAUUCAGUCAACAUGUACUUGAUGAAAAUUUCGGGCACUUGGUUUGCAAGGCAUCGGCCGUCAUUACAACCUUCGCAAUAGUUUCUUCCACUACUCUUACUGUGCUAGCCGUAGAAAGAUACAACGCUUUGCCCAAGCCUUUCAGAACGGGAUUGCGAUUAAGUGAAGACAGUAUUAAAAAGGCCAUCGCUCUAAUUUGGGUGACAAGUGUUUUUUUAAAGUCCCGAUGUGAAGUCGAAGAAAAGCUGAGGUCCGAGAACUUCGCAGCAACAAAAACAAUAGGAUUUGACAAUGCUGAAUAA